CUCCGCCCUUGCAGCUGUCGCUCCCUGCAGCUCGCCUGUUUUGGAAAAACAGCUGACCGCUCGCUGCUCUACGGUAAACCGACACCUGCCUGCCGCCUCACUGCCGUCGAAAUGCGCCUGUUGGAGGUCCUGCUGCACCCCUCCUCAGACAUGAAGAACAAACAUAAGAGGGAUGUGAAGACAGCGCUUCCUGAUCGCUUCAACAUGUCCAGCUUUGAGGUUUCUCUGCAGCAACUCAACGAUCUACUGACGGAUGAGAGCGGCUUCUACAGCUGGCCCACCAAACACUUCCAUGAGGUAUAUCCACGGAUCUACAUCGGCAAUGCAUUUGUUGCAACAAACGUGAUGCGCCUUAAGCGUCUACGCAUCACUCACAUCCUGAAUGCAGCAGAGGGAAACUCCUUCAUGCACGUCAACACAAGUGCCGACUUCUACGCCGGCUCAGGAAUCGUCUACCAUGGCAUCCCAGCCAACGACACCGACCACUUUGACAUCAGUGUCUACUUUGAAGAGGCGGCAGACUUUAUAAAGAAGGCCCUGGCUUAUAAAAAUGGAAAAGGAAAGGUGUACGUCCAUUGCAGGGAAGGUUACAGCCGCUCACCUACCUUGGUCAUCGCUUACCUAAUGCUUCACCAAAAAAUGGAUGUCCACUCCGCUCUGGCCAUGGUGCGACAGAAAAGGGAGAUUGGACCCAAUGACGGCUUCCUUCGGCAGCUCUGUAGGUUAAACCAAAGGUUGGCAGCUGAGGGGAAACUAUGGAACAAAUAAGUUACACAAGACUAAAGUAUGCUUGGUUGCAGAUGGCAUAGUUUCCACUUGUUUGAAUAUCGUAUGGGCCACUGGCCUGUGAAGCAAUGUUCUGAACAAAAUGACAGUACUUUCCUUCUGACUGAGGAGGGAAGCAGCAUUGUGUUGUCUCUACUGUACAGAGCAGAUUAACACAUUUUACACAUGAAUGGUGUUUAAAUUAUGCUCACAUGAACUUGCAUCUGGGUCAUUCACUAGCAGAUUAAUCUGGCCCUUUUAGAAGAUACCAGGAAUGUUCUGAAAUUAUCUAAUUAUUCCAGGUUUAUAAAAAAAAUGGAAAACUGACUCUUAAUGAAAAGUUCUAACAUUUGCAGAAAUCUCCUUUGGCCAAAAC